AUGGCAGAGAGCCAUGGACCAGCAUUGAUUGUCCAUAAUAAUAGGACAUUCACCAAAGAGGACUUUGAAAACAUAACCAAACUGGCUGGUGCUACUAAAGCUAACCAGCCACUCAAAAUUGGUAAAUUUGGUGUUGGUUUUUGCUCAGUGUAUCACAUCACUGAUGUACCUUCAUUUGUUAGUGGUGAGUGGUUGUAUAUAUUUGAUCCAACACUUAAAUACCUUAAAGGUGUAGUUCGUAAUGAGAGCAGACCAGGUAAAAAAGUUCAGUAUCAGUCUAAAUUUUUAGCUCAGUCUCAGCAAAUGUCUCCCUAUGAAGGUUUGUUUGGUUUCAAAUCUACUGCCAAUUAUAAUGGUACCAUUUUCCGACUUCCUUUUAGAACGAGUGCGAGUCAAAUUAGCUCUACAAUUUAUGAUGAGCAUCUCAUACAACAAAUGAAAAAUGACCUUAUAGAAAAUGGCUCAAAGCUACUUCUUUUUUUACAGAAUGUUAAGCGUAUAACUUUUCGCUCAAUGCAAGAUGAUGAAGUAUGUAUUAGCAGUAUCAAUGAAGAAAAUAGCAUUAAACAUUGCAUAACUAAUUCUCCUGCUAGCAACUCAGUUAGUGAAUAUUGGUUAGUAUCUUGCCAUGAAGAGAAGUUACAAACACAAAGAGGUGACUACCAGCCUGGAACUGCAUCCAUAGCUUGCCAGCUAGUUAAGGACAAUUCAAGUUUUGAAUGCAAAGCAAUUGAAGGUAGUGUGUUUUGUUUUCUUCCACUUUCACUGCCUUGCACUGGCCUACCAGUCCAUGUUAAUGCUAACUUUGCUGUAAUGAGCAACAGGAGUGGUAUCUGGACUGGAGCUUCAUCUGGAGAGCCUUCUGAUUCAAGGGAGUAUUGGAACAAGAAGCUGAUGACUACAAUCAUACCAAAAGCAUAUUGCAAUUUGUUAAAAAUGAUGAAAGACAUGUGUGUUACAAGAAAUUUGGUAUCAUAUGACUUUUAUGUUUUGUGGCCUUUGAUUAGAAAAUUACAGACAAGUUAUCCAUGGAAAGACAUGGUUUUAGUUCUCAUUCAUUUAAUUGAAAAUGAGAAACUUUUUUAUUCAUCAGUAGUUUGUCAAUGGUUUACACUUGCUUCAUCUCAGUUUUUUCCUUUAUCUUUAUUUGAAAUGCAAACCUGCUCUAUCCUAAUUGAAGCUGCCAAAAUACUUAAGCUACCUUUAGUUUUAUUACCACAAGAUCAUGUGGAACAACUUCCUAAUCCCAGCAUCGUAUCUGAAGACCAAUUCUCUCAAGGUUUUUUUGAUAACAUUUCUUUGUUCUCUGAUUGCAUAGACACACGAAACAAAAUUCUUUCAGCAAUGUUAUCAGUACUUGGUAAUGGUACUGCAGUUCCUGACAAGUAUAUGAAGUUAAAAAAUGUGUUAGAGUUACAUCCGUGUGUUCCAACUUCACCUGAUGGACUUAAGCUCAAAUUGGCUGAGGAACUUGUUGAUUUAGAUGAAUUUUGUGAUAUGUUUGAUCCAGAAGAUGGCAUGUUUCCUCAGAAAAGCCUUUAUGAGGAUACAUUAGUACGUGAAGGAAUUUCUAGACUUGGACUGAUGUCAGUAGUUGAAGUGUCCUGGGAAGUGAUUAUUAGCAGUGCAAGAACUGUACAACCCUUGAUUGAUACAGAAGAAGAAAGAGCUCUUGAUAGAAUUAAAGCUAUAAUUGAAUGUAUAGAGGAAAAAGAAGAUCCUGCUCCUCCCAUAAUAAAUGAAAUUUCCUUUUUACCUGUCUUACCCAAGCCAGACAAAUAUUUCUUGCCAUGGAAAGGUGAUACCCAUCGUCUUCUACCACCUAGUCAAAUGAUUGCAAAGGAAUCAUAUAGUCUAAAAAGAACUAGCUUGUUAUUGGGCUCACAAAAAGCAAUAAUCAAUACAAACUCAAAAGGAUGUGGUAUGAUUUCAUCUCAUUCAUUAAAAUUAAUUGGUGUUACUUUGCAUCCUUCAUUUAAUGAUGUACAUAAUCACUUUAUUUGUUUAAUGAAGGAACUUCAUUUAAGUAUGAGUGACGACUUAGAGAAAAUACAACUAACAGAAGAAAUUUGCAAAUUGGUCUAUGCUUAUUUUGAAUCUAAAAUAACAAAUUCGACCAGUGCUACUGGUAACUUACUAACUUCAAAAGAUUCCAACCAGAAUCCUGAUUCUAUGAGAUUCCAAGAAAUCUUGGCCGAGUAUUGUGGCAAACCAUUUGUUUGGACUGGAAAAUGUUUUGUUUGCCCUUGUGAUGUGUCUAUUAAUUGGAAGCAUUCAGAAGGUCCUUACCUUUACAAGCUCCCUGGGAUAUUAUCUCAGCAUAAAGAGCUAGUGAAUUGUUUGAAGAUCAAUAAAAACUUUAGCACUGUAAAGCUUUUGGAUGUUUUAAAUCAAAUGUAUGCAGAGUUUAGUCCUACUUGUGAAAUUCCAGAAUCAUAUCGUGAAACUGCUGACAACAUUAUUUCUGAUUUAAAUGCUUUUCAUAAAGAAGAUCUUGAGGGUUUGAAGGAGAAUGCAAUCCUAUUUGACAAAUCCUAUAUUCUUAGACCAACAAAGCAGCUAGCUUUUAACGAUGCACAAUGGCUACCUCCAGACAAUGAAAGUAAUUAUGUCCCUUCAUUUCUUGCCAGAGAAGUAGCACUAGCACUUGGUGUAGAACCCACCAAAAGCAAAUUCCUUGAAAAAUAUACUUCACAAUCACAGAAAUUUUCUGGAGUUCCAUUUGGUCAAAAGGAAGAGCUUACUUUAAGAAUAAAAAAUAUUCUUGAAGAUUAUCCACUAGAUGUGACCUUUCUGAAAGAAUUGCUACAGAAUGCUGAUGAUGCAAAAGCUACUAAAAUGUGUGUCAUUCUUGACAAGCGCCAUCACACAGCAGAAAAGAUUCCAUUUAAAAAUGGAAAUGACUUAAAAGGGCCUGCUAUACUUGUGUGGGAUGACAAAGAGUUCACUGAUGAAAACUUGGAAGGAAUACAAAAACUUGGUCUUGGUUCAAAACGAGAUGACAAUGAAUCUGUUGGUCAAUUUGGCAUUGGAUUUAAUGCAGUAUAUCAUGUAACUGAUUGCCCUAGUUUAUAUACACGAGGCAACACUCUAUGUGUAUUUGACCCUCAUUGCAAAUAUAUUCCUGGAGCUGAUGAGCUCAAUCCUGGAAGGCAAUUAAACACAGAUAAAUUUUUUUGGGACAGCAUGUCUGACCUUCGUUCUUUCUUCCUGCAAGAUGAUUUUCCUGAUAAGCCACAAAACUUAGACUCUGGUGUUUUAUUUCGGUUUCCUCUUCGUUGUACUGAGGAACAAGUGAAGAAUUCAAAGCUUGUUGAUCAUGAAAAGGCAAAGCCAUUGACUGCUGAUAAAAUGGAAGAACUUCUGAAUGCUUGGACAGUCAGUAUUAAAGAAUCUCUUUUAUUCCUUAAUCAUAUAAUACAAUUUGAAUACUACAUUAUUGAAAGUUCUAGCAAAGUAAAAUGUGUAAGAAGCUAUAGUGUUGAUUUAGAUGCAGAUAGUCUUGAAAAAAGAAAGAAGUUUAAAGGAAGCUCUUCAAGUCCAUUUCUUGUUACUUAUCCAGUUUUACUAAAAACCAAUUUGGGUGCAAAUCUUUUUUCAGAAGAGCACUGGUUGAUACAACAGGGAGUUGGAGACAUAGAAAACCCUAAUAAAAGUUGGAAUAGUUUCAAUGCUAUUCCUAAACAUGGAAUUGCAGCUACAUUAGAAAGAAGCAACGACUUUAGAGGCCAAGUCUUUUGUUUCUUGCCACUACCAGUAUUCACUCACUUACCUGUUCACAUCAAUGGCCAGUUUGUUCUUGUUAGUAACAGACGUUCACUUUGGGUCAACACUACCGAAGAGCCAGAUGAAAAGACUAAAUGGAAUGAAUCUUUAAUCAAAGCUAUUGCAUCAUCAUAUACACAGUUUCUUGCAAACGCAAAAAAAUAUUGUUUUACUUUGGAUAAGUAUGAUAAUCUUGAUGAGUUAUUUGAUGCUGUUAACAAGUACUAUAGUCUUUUCCCAUUUUGGAAUCCACCAUUUGUGUAUAGAAAGAAAGAAGAAAAGCCUGAAACUACUUUUCGAAGUUCUGGUAACAUCACUCAUUCUUCUGGAAUGCCAAUGCCCAGAUUUUAUCCCAUUGUUAAAAAAGUUGACUGGAAAGGAAUAUGCAGUUUAGUUUUCAAAUUAAUAUGGGAUAGCAAUGCACAUCUUUUAGCUACAGAAAUGAAAAAGAAAACAUUUUCUAAAAAUGAGUCUAACUCUAAAAAAGAUGUGUGGUGGACUGUUGAAUGGCAUGAGUUCCAUAAUGACAAUAAUCCUAAAAAGCAAGCAUAUUUUCAAUCAAACACUUUACAAAAGGAGAAAAAGAAAGUUCUAAGACAUCUUGGCAUGAUCCUUACAUGUGCCCCACAUGCACUUUAUUCUCACAUUCAAGCGGAAAAAAUUAAUCCAGCUAUUUUAUCAAGGGAGUCAGUUUACGAAUACUACUGCAAUUUUCAUUCACAAAUUGUAACGAAAUGUCCAUGCCCAAUAACUGAAACUCCAUUUGAAUCUGUAGAGAAUUUCAUUAUACUUUUGACUUACUUGUUGGAGCGUUCUGAUGAUGAGAGUUCCGUAACAUAUGUUUUUCCUAAAGUUCCUGAUAAAGUACCACUUCUUCUAACUGCUGACUCACAUUUGCGAGUGUUUAACACUCCUUCAACUGUUGUAUGCAGCAAAUACUCCCAUAUUUUUGGAAAAAGUUCAUUUAUGUUUUUACACCCCAAUGUUAUUGGUAAAAGGCUAUCAAGUUCUUACUUUUCUUCAGAAUUAUCUCUUGAUACAAUUGAAAUUAUUAUGAGCUCAAAUUUUAAGUCAGCUUUACAGUCUUUAGAAGUAGAGAACACCAAUCAGGAUCUAAUUCAAAAAGAUGAAUUAAGAGGACUAUGGUCAUGCUUAAAAGAUGAUCCUAUUUUUUCUAAACAUGUUUCUUACAUAGUGAAAAGGUGGGCUAUUAUACCAGCUAAAUCUGGCCAUUUAUUUUCAGCUGAUUCACCAAUUCUUCCUCUUAAUAUGGAAUCAUCGGUUGACAAUGAUGCAUUUACUAAAUUGGUGUCGCUUGGAGUUCCACAAUUUGAUUCCAUGUACAGUAGCUGUUUAGCAGUUGAUUAUUGCAUUAAUCUUGAAAAUUACUGUAAAGUUCUCUCUAUUCUGUAUCAUUUGCAUCAAAAGACACAAGUGCUUUCUAACCUAAGAGAUGUGAAGGAGACAAUUCAAAUUUUGUUUAAUUAUUUUGGGAGAAUCAAUUUUAAAUUUGAAUCAGAAAGCCUUCAAAUAAUAAAAUACCUUCCACUUUUUGAAGAAGUGGAUGGAAACUUCACAAAUCUCAGCAAUAAAGAGCUAUAUUGCUGGCCUAGUGAAGCAUCUUUAACAGGCUAUGAUGAAUGGAAUUUUUCUGGAUCUUAUGUUUUUCUUCCAGCUAAUGGACAAUGGACAGCCCUCUGCAGUGACAUUACAACAUUAGGUGGCUCAGAUCUUACUGAAAGGAAUCUUUAUAUUAAAUUCAUUUUUCCAAAUUUUAAGUUGUUGAGCUCAGAAAACCGAAGAAAGCAUCUAAAGCAUAUCAAGAAUACUAUGCUUUAUGAUGCUAUGCAUGAUAUAGAACAUGCAAGCAAAAGUCGACGUCAGUCAGCAGUGGACUUUCUUUAUGAGCUUAAACAAUUGCCAUGCCUUGAAGCAAAGAAUGGCGUUCUUCAACCAAUUAGAACCUUUUGUGAUCAUAACAUGGAAAUUUUCAAUGUUUUUUCUGAACAUUUCUAUUUUGUUCCUGAAGAGUACAAGGAUAACAAUGAAUGGCUGGAAUUUUUGAAAGCACUUGAUCUGAAAGUGACUGUCACUAUAGCAGAGUUUGAAAAAUUUGCUAAAUUUGUUCAGUCUGGUCAUCAUAAAAAUAUUUCCAAAGCCUCUAAAGUAUUAGUGUCAUACUUGUUUUCUGAUUCAGCCAAAGAAUGGCAUCUAAAUCAAGACUUUUUGUCAUGCAUUAGUUGCAUUCGUUUUGUAGAGGUUACUAAUCUUGAUAAUUUAGAAUGGUUAGCAAAAUCUUGCAACCCUCCUCUCUACUUAGUAAAUGAAUCAAUUGGGCUAACAAAGCUUAAUGAAGCAGUCAUUUAUGACAGUGCAGCAUUAAUAUGGACAGUUAAACCUGUAAUUAAUCCACCCGUUCCUCUUUACUUGCGGUAUGAUUCUAAGCAAUACCAUGUACUUCAAAAAAAGCUUGGGAUCACCCUUAGACCAAAAGUAGAAGAUGUUUUUAAAAACUUAGAAAAAAUUUCAGAAACAGAUUUGGCAAAAUUUGAAUUAUUUCACAAGCAUGAUUCGAGAUACAGUAUAAGAGAAGACAGUCAUAGAGUUGAAAUUAAAGAUAUCAUUGAACAAUCUUUGAGAUAUCUAUUUGAAUGCAAUGCAGAAGAGCAACUUAUAAAAUUGAAGGAUAUCUCUUGUAUUCCUGUAUUAGCUAGCAAAAGCCAACGAGUACUUGUAAAACCACUACAAGUUGUGAGGCAUAUGUCUGUUGAUUGCUCUCAUCUCUUUCCUUAUCUUCAUCAACUGCCUUCUUUUUUGAUGGGUUUUGAAGAAGAACUUCAACUCAUGGGUAUAUCAGAUAAUAUUACAGUCAAGACACUACAGUAUGUCUUAUUUACAAUGCACCAGCAACUUUCAAAUACUAGUCUUGAUAGAAAUACUCAGACUACUGUUCGAGAGGCAAUUAUCAAAUUGCAUAAGUUAUUGCAGACAUUUCAAUAUUCGAAAAAAAGCAUUAUUGAAGACAUUUCACCUCUAUAUUUUCCUAAUCAAGAUGGAAUUCUAGUUAAAACAACAGAUUUAGUUUUUAUUGAUUCCCAUCGCUAUGAUAAAAUAGGAAAAAAAUUUUCUCACUCACAGUAUUCAUUGUUUAUUUUACCAACCCCAGCACAAAAUUCUUUGUAUGAUCUUGUGAAUACUAUUUGUAAAUGCCUUGCUGCUCAGAGCAUUGAAGAUUUUGAGCCCAUUUUAGAAGAGUACAAAAUUAAAUCUGCAGACUUUGAAAUUCUGAGUGCUAUUGAAAGUAAUCCUGCACGUAUUGGAGGGAAAAUACCAGAUCAUCGAAUAGAUUUGCUUGAAAAUGAUAUCAAUCACAUAUUCUAUCCUGAGGAAUGGGUUGGGUUUUUGAACGAUGAAGGAAAUUAUAUUUAUGUUACAGUAUGCUAUCUUGUUGAUCAAGAAGUUUUUAACCCAUUGACAAAAAAAUAUGUCAUUAGUGUUGAUGAAAAUGAUGGAAAAGAAACUGUGUCAACAUUAGAUCUUUAUAAAUUGACAAAAGUUAAAAGUACAACUUCUUUAGAAGAGGGAGAGGAUAUCAAUCAAGAGUUAGUUUUGUUUGAUCCUGACAGUGCUUCUGCUAGGACAACUAGUGACUCUGACACUGUCUUACAAUUGAAAAGAAUAAUAUUCCGUGACUUACAAUUAAUUAAGGGACUUGAAGAUGAAGAUGAGAAACGAAAAGCUAUAAAACGACUAUAUAAACAGUAUCAUCCAGAUAGAAAUGCAGAUAAAAAGGAAAUUUAUGAAGAAGCUUUUAAGUUUUUGAAGAGACAGGUUGACAGAUUAUAUGCAGGAAAAGAAUUGGAAGACCCUGAUAUGGCUAAUGAAACAUUAAUUUCAGCAGGUUCUUCAUCAAAACCAAAUGCUGCAACUUUUAGAAGAUUUUAUGAAGAAUGGGAAGAAGAUAUUAAAAGAGAAAAGAAAGCCAGUGAUAAUGCAAGAGAAAGAUCAAAUAGAAUGAGACAAGAUGAUUUUUUCCCUGAUGUUUCUCAACCAAUGCCAAACUCUAUUGAAGCGAAUUUCUGGAUCGCUCAGGCUGAAUCUGACCUAGAGGCAAUGCUACUGCUAAAUGAACAAAUACCAUUUAGAAGAGUUCAGUGUCAGGUUUUGUUCCAAGCACAUGAAGCAUGUGAAAAGGCAUUAAAGGGUGGUAAAUACAAGCUAGUAGGAUUAAACCCAGCCAGUCUUAAAACACACGAACUGCACACUCAUGCAGCUGCUAUUGCUGGGUUCAAAGGAGGUGAAUGGAAAGUACUGCCAUCAUUAGUCUGUCAAAUAGAAGGAUACUAUUUAAAACCUCGUUAUCCAAACCAGCAUUCUCCCUCAAUAGCUCCUGUUGAUGUUUAUUCAAAGUCUUGUGAAGCUCACAAUGUGCAAGAAGCGGUUGAAGCUGCCAAGGAAGUAGUCAAACUAAUAAAAAAACUAUUUUAG